AUGAGAAGGGGCGGGAAAGGGGCGGGACCAGGCGCGCGAGCCCUCUCAAGCGCCGGGAGCCUCCUCACGCGCGCGGAGUCUCCUCAGGCGCCGCGAGCCGGUGGAAGCCCUGCAGGCUGAGGUGGCCGCGCUGGCACCGGACUGAGGCGCGCUCGCGGAGCAGCCCCUCCGAGGCGGCGUCCGUUCUCCGUCGGCUCCUGCCCCUCCCCGGGUUUCCGCCCGCUGGGGCCCGAGUUCCUUUCCCGCGCGGCCGUCGUGAGGUUGCCGCCGGCGUUCCCGCGCGGGGCCAGGCGAUGUCUGCGUGGGGGUCCCGGCCCGCGGUCCUCGGCCUCGGGUCCCGCCCGCUCCGCCUCCUCCUCCUCUUUCAGCUGGUCGCGGGGCGCUGGGGCCCGGCCGGCGCGGGGGGCGUUGCGCCUGGAGGAUUAGCUGAACCAUCCUUUGUUGCGAAACAUGAAGACAGUUUGUUUAAGGAUUUGUUUCAAGACUACGAAAGAUGGGUCCGUCCCGUGGAGCACCUGAACGACAAAAUAAAAAUAAAGUUUGGCCUUGCGAUAUCUCAGUUAGUGGAUGUGGAUGAGAAAAACCAGUUAAUGACAACAAAUGUCUGGUUGAAACAGUGGACAGACGUGAAGUUAAGAUGGCAUCCUGAGGAGUACGGAGGAAUAAAAGUUAUACGUGUCCCUUCAGACUCUCUCUGGACUCCAGACAUCGUUUUGUUUGAUAACGCAGACGGGCGUUUUGAGGGGGCCAGCACAAAAGCUGUUGUCAGGCAUGAUGGCACGGUGACCUGGACGCCACCUGCAAACUACAAGAGUUCCUGCACCAUCGAUGUCACGUUUUUCCCAUUCGAUCUCCAAAACUGUUCCAUGAAGUUUGGUUCUUGGACUUACGACGGAUCACAGGUUGAUAUCAUUUUGGAGGACCAAGACGUAGAUAAGAGAGACUUCUUCGACAACGGAGAGUGGGAGAUUGUCAGCGCCACGGGGAGCAAAGGGAACAGGACGGACAGCUCCUGCUGGUACCCGCACAUCACGUACUCCUUUGUCAUCAAGCGCCUGCCUCUCUUCUACACCUUAUUCCUUAUCAUUCCCUGUAUCGGCCUCUCCUUCCUAACCGUGCUCGUCUUCUAUCUCCCCUCCCACGAAGGGGAGAAGAUCUGUCUCUGCACGUCUGUACUGGUCUCUUUGACGGUCUUCCUGCUGGUUAUCGAGGAGAUCAUCCCCUCGUCUUCCAAAGUGAUCCCUCUGAUCGGAGAGUACCUGGUGUUCACCAUGAUUUUUGUGACGCUGUCCAUCAUGGUCACCGUCUUCGCCAUCAACAUCCACCACCGUUCCUCCUCAACACACGACGCCAUGGCGCCCUGGGUCCGCAGGGUCUUUCUGCACAAGCUUCCCAAACUGCUCUGCAUGAGAAGCCACGUGGACCGGUACUUUGCUCCGAAAGAGGGGACUGAGGGUGCUGGGAGACCAGAGUCUUCUCAAAACCCACUGGAGGCUGCGCUGGAUUCCAUCCGCUACAUCACCAGACACGUCAUGAAGGAGAACGACGUCCGUGAGGUUGUUGAAGACUGGAAAUUCAUAGCCCAGGUGCUGGACCGGAUGUUUCUGUGGACUUUUCUUCUGGUUUCAGUUGUUGGAUCUCUCGGGCUUUUUGUUCCCGUUAUUCACAAGUGGGCCAACAUAACAGUCCCGGUUCACAUCGGACAGGCAAGCAAGUGAUGCCUGCCCCUGGCAGGAACUUAGUUACAAAAGACACGCAUAGCUCUGUACCUAUCACCGUAGAAAAUGUAAGUUGUGCUUGAAAUUUGACGCCAGCUCGAUCAGACCAACAGCAGCUGGCACUGGUUUACCCUACCGGAUUGCCCACUGGAACACUUCACCCGCACGAGUGAGGCGCUGGCUCAACAUCUGAUCUAGAAAUAGUGACCCCGCAUCUGAACCGCACUAGUGCGAACCCGGCCUUCGGGUCCUGGCAAAUAACACCCACUGUAAUCAUAGGACGUGCGCUGCUUGACUGUGUCUGAAGACGGGUUUCAGAACUACUCCUGCGUUUGGUAGAAGGCACACAUUUUUUUUUUAAAGAUUUUAUU